CAGGCUCAUCUGCCCAGAUUUCCCCUAUCUUAAGACGUGGGGGAAUUUCCAGAGUAUGCUUGAUUUCAAGCGUAACGUCUUCAAGCGUAACUUUAUGCUUGACUCAUGAAUGGUCAACAGGUAACUUAACCAUAUCAAGGGAGGCAUGGAGCCAUUGGGACAGGGCUACAGGUGUUUCAUUGCGAUGAGAUUUCCUAUAAAGGGCCCCAAAACAGCCAGGGCGACAGAGAGUGACAAGCGACAUCGUAUUCAAACAGUCACAUUCUAACACAAAUCACAGCCCUACACGCAACGACACCUAACCUUAAACUUGCACGGAUUGCGACCACUGAAACACACACGUGCACUGUGUCAGGUGCCAAAAGGGGUGCCAGAGGGGCGAUACACUAGGCAGGAACUUACUUGUUGUGGCUGAGCUAGACCAAAGGCAAGACAAGAGUGAAUUCUAAAUUUCAUGAUCUCACCUGCAAACGUCGGUCCAUGGCUGAACGCUUUCUAGAUUAUCCAGGGUUUGAACAGGAGUGGAGUUUUUGUUCUUCUCCCCGCCGCGCAAUCAGCUGUCGGCGUCAGCUGUUAAUGACGUCUUCUGCUUCUGUUCUUGUUUUGUAGCAGACCUGCAGUCUUUUCGUGUCCCCGGAUAAAUAAUAGGCAUUCCUUGAAAUGCUUCCUUACAAAUGCCCAUGUUUGAGAGCUCAGACGUGUUGCGGCAGGAUGCGGCCACUCGUGCUCCUGCUUUCAGAUGCAAAUGACGAGUUACUUUUCUCGCCUUUUCAAGUUCACAGUAUUAACCUCCACUCGACAUGGCUGCCUCAAUAAUUGUUUUUAUGGGGAUUUCCACGUUUGAAAGCACAAGCGCGAUGCGGAAGGACUCAGCCACUCGUGCUGCUGCUUCCAGACGCAACUGACGACUCGCCUCUUCAAGGUCAUCAAGUCUACUCCUUAACCUCCAAUCAUCAUGGUUUUUUUUAAAUUGUGUUGUACUCAUCCACCUGCCAGUCAUCAACUUUGGCACAGUCCGAACAAGCAAUGCCUGAGGCACCAGCAGAUGCAGAGGAGGAAGAAGAUGCUUCCUGUAAUAACUCUGCAGCCCCGGCACCCAUGGUCCAACCGAGCACACCAGGAAAGGCAGAGGCAGAAGACGAAGAGGAAGUUUACAGUGAGUACCUUACUUGUGUCUACGCACACACAAGGAUCUCCUAUGCAAUGCGGCCAGCCAUUAAGUUAUUAUUUUCUAUGGCAGGACAGCAGGUGAAGGCACUUUUUGCCAACGGGCAGCGGACAGCAAUUGGCCCCCGAGGACAUUUCCUCUGCAAUCCAGACCCAUCCGUCUGGGAACAACCAUUGUAACAGUCUGUUCCUGACUAGCCAAUGAUACAUGAAACAAAAUAC